AAUCAAACAAGCCCAAUUUAGAGGCCCAUUCGUAGCUACCGCUUUUUGUUGUAUCAGAGACUCACGGAACUCAACUCGCCGCGAAAACCAAAACCACUCCUGAAACGCAGCCGGAGUAGCCGUAGCCGGCGGCAGCUAUAGACUUGUCGUGAUCCUUGUUGCACGAAAAUAAUUGAGAUUGAAGUCAUUCACAUCAAACCGAACCACCAUGUCUACUUCUGUGUCCGAAACAGAAGAACAAGUAGAGAAGGUUCCAAUCAGAACCAUCGGCAAAACGCUAACCCAGUGUGGAGAAUGCAAAUCUAACCCAUCAAAGUAUAAGUGUCCUGGUUGCUCGAUACAAUCGUGCAGUCUUCCAUGUGUAAAAGCUCACAAGUUGCGUACUGGGUGUACUGGCAAAAGGAAUCAGACUCAGUUCGUUCAUAUUUCGAAGUUUAAUGACAGUAUCUUAUUAUCUGAUUAUAAUUUGCUUGAGGAAGUGAAGAGGGUGUCUGAAGCUGCUUCGAGAAUGAGAUCUAAGUUAGGCAUGUCUACAAAUUUUAGGUUACCUCAUCACCUCAAAAGCCUACAAAAUGCUGCUCGAAGCCGAAGAACUAAACUACGGUUUCUCCCUAAUGGAAUGUCAAAAAGAGAGAAAAAUCAGUCUCAAUAUGACUAUAGGAAGAAGACUAUACAUUGGACAAUAGAAUGGCGUUUUCACUCAACAAAUGUUGUUUUACACGAUCACAGAGUUGAUGAAAAUACAAAUUUUUGCUCCAUUCUAGAGAAGCACCUCAAACCUGGUCCUUGGAAUCAUCCACUAAAGGAAUUUUGUGAUGACCAACUAGAUUGUCUCAAGCUCUUCAUCCGUAAAUACCCGAAGGGUCCCAAGUCACCUUUCAAAGAGUUGGAUAUGAAAGCACCAAUCAAACAACAAUUGGAAAAUGUAGUUAUUUUGGAGUACCCUGUUGUUUUUGUUUUCUUGCCGUCUCACAGUAUCGAUUUUGAAGUUAUUAAGGCUGUCAAUCCUAGUAUACCUAAAUCACCUCCAAACGAUAGUGAAAUUAUCCCAAUUCCGGAAGGCUUAUCAUUUAGGGAAGAGGUGAUUGAAGAUGACAACAACUCCGAUGAUCCUAAGGUUUUUGAUCUCAUGAAGCAAGUGGAGUCAAGUUCAGCACAUCAAGUGCAUACCGAAAAUAAUAAUUCUGAUGAAGUACUAAACGAUUCAUUGGAUAUAUCGGUGUUUGAAGGAGAUGUUGAGGGUAACCUUUCACCGUCUUCUCUGCUAGACAGGGAACUAAAUUUGUUUGAAGAUGGGACAUUAGCCUUUGAUCAAGAUUUUAUGGAUGAUACCUUUGCUGAUCUUAUGCGUCACCUGAGUUCCGAGGAAUUCCUCGAUUUUGAUAGUGUAUUUGCCAAUAAUGAUGAAAACGAUAUAGGUUUGUUGGCCCCCAUUGAGGAGUUCCCUGUACCAGAGGAAUUGGAGGAAGGAGAAAUUCAAGAGUGAUUGGCCACCAUUGAAGAGUUAUAGCUACUUUUGUUGAAGAAUUGAUGAUAAAACGAGAGUGGUUUCUGUAAAGACCAAGUUGUUGCUCAUAGAGUCAUAGUCACUUCAGGUCAAAUUUUGGCAUUGAAUUAUUUUGUUUUUGUUUGUUUACAUAGUUUUUAAGAGCAAUUGAUUACAAUUUCAUGGAUCUCAAGCUUUGUCUUUUACUGCCCUAGGCAAGUUAAACAUUGUAUUAUUAAUUUAUUAUAAUUUUAAUGGAUGCAUCCAUAUUUUGCCAA